AGGGUAAAAUGGCGCAGAUCAUUGUGGAGGGGCGCGCCAGCCUGCUUAGUUUUAUCUGCGGUUCCACGAUCUGUUUCGUGCCUUUGUUCAGAUAUCUUGGUCGCAUUCCAGAAAACAUAGUUGAACAUUAUUUGCCUGUUCUUUUGGGCAUCUAUUCAGUUUUCAUUUUUGCAUUAUGGCGGUUGAUUUACAGACGAUAUUGGACACUUUGGCAAGUCAGCAGCCGUGCAGCAUUCCUGGGUCUUGUCUUCGGCUGUGGCCUCAUCCUCACCUUCUCCGACACCACAUGGACACACUUCGGCUGGUACCUGGUGGCCCUCAGCUUCUUCCACUGGUCUGAGUACUUCACCACAGCAGUCACCAACCCCUUCAGCCUACAGCUGGACUCCUAUCUGCUAGACCACAGUCCAGAGUAUAAGCUAGCUGCUCUGGCCAGCUGGGUAGAGUUUACUGUGGAGUGGUAUUUCUUGCCAGGUCUGAAACAGCUGAAAUGGGUGAGCGUAUUCGGUCUUCUAAUAGUCAUGGGAGGCGAGACCCUCCGUAAAGCGGCCAUGAUAACAGCCAAAACAAACUUCAACCAUUACGUCCAACACGUGAAGGAAGAGGGACAUGUGCUUGUGACCCGCGGGGUGUAUAGCAAAUUCAGACACCCUUCAUAUGUGGGUUGGUUCUAUUGGAGUAUAGGCACACAGAUAAUCCUAUGCAAUCCUAUUUGUCUGGUCGGCUACACAGUCACUUCAUGGAAGUUUUUCAGAGAACGUAUAGAAGUAGAGGAGAUAACUUUAUUAAACUUCUUUGGGGAGGAGUAUUUGAAUUACCAGCGGCAAGUAAAGACUGGUUUGCCGUUUAUCAAAGGCUACAGAAUGGAAUUAUAACAGAAACUUCAGUAAAAACUUAAAAUAUAAUUUAUCUCAAAGUUUUGUAUAUCCUUAUUUCUUCAUUUAUUUAGAUAGGCUUGAUUAUAUUUUAAAUAAAUAUUUAAGGUCACAGUGUAGCUGACCUUCAUAAAAGAAAACCUUUAUGUCUGAUGCAUGUAUUCUUUAAAGUGGAAAAGAAAAUAAAUUGAGAAUUCCCAGCUGCUGUAGAUAUUGAAGUGCAAAUUGUCCACAGUCCAUCUGGGUACGUAUCAACCUGUAUUAUAGUAAUUCAAUUACUAAAAGUUGUAAAAUGAAAUUACUUACUAGACUAACCGUUCUUUUGUUUUAUCCAAGUAGUCAUUUUACAUAUUUCCAAAUUAUUAAAAGAAAUCUUGUCUGAUGAAAAUUGAAUAUAUAUCCUGCCCUGUUUGAUCACAGAAUGUUUCUUAAUAUUUAAUAAAAAUGGUCAGUAUUCAUGUGAGUUUGUCAGAUAAAUUAUGUUGAACAUCUUCAACCAUGAACCCACCAUUGCAUAUCCAGAGUUGAAAGUCCAUUAUUUGUCAGAUAUGUCUCCCAUGUACAUAUUUUAACUUAUCUCUAAAGGGGUUGUGUUAAACUUUGCUCACUUAAAGAUCCCAUCGCUGCUACUAAGCACUUGGCUGCUAGACCAAGUAUAUAUUCUUGUUUCAAAAGCUUUGUUAGAUUCAACUCGAGUAAGUGUAGAAAUAUAGAUUCAGUGUCAAAGUAGUAAAAAUGUUUGUCAACGUCACUAGUGUAAUGGAACUUGCAGAAAUUUUGCGCAUUUUUUUCCCUUUCAAAUAGUAUUGGUAAUUAAAAUAAAGUAUAAAUAAAUCUGUAAACAACAUGGGUGUAUUUUACAUAAAGUUUGCAAAAUGAGAAUGGUAUUUAAAAUCACUUCAGUCAACACCUAGAAAUAAGCUAGAAUUUAGAGUAAUUUUUGUAUAGAUGUAAUAUUUUCAAAUUCUAUAAAAUGUCUAAGUAUAAUGGCAAUAACAGGUCGAGGUAGGGUUGGCUGAUUUUUACCUGCUGACAAUGUAGAACUGUACCAGCCUCAUUACUGAGUAUAACAGUGCAUAUAUUCAUAUUUAUCUUUGAUAAUACAAUGUUAAUACAUGUAUAUAUACUAGACUCUGUGGGGGAUGCAUGUGACAGGAGAGUGAUAUAUUUGUGGAAAUUUGUUGCAUUACUGUUGCCAUGGUUAUUGUUGCCAUGCAUGUGACAGGAGAGUGAUAUAUUUAUAGAAACUUGUUGCAUUAUUGUUGCCAUGGUUACUGCAUUCGUCAUGGCAGAAAUGUAGUUUUACAACCAAGCUGCUUAUUGGUUGAAUCAUGUGUGAGAGUUUUUGCCAGCAAGCUUCUUAUUGGUCAAAGCAUUUGAGAAACGUGAUACGAAUCUCAUUUAAGAGCCGACUUUUAUGUUUAAAAUAUAGUAUGUAAUAAGUAUGAAGAUUUAUUGAAUAAAGAAGGCAAAAAUAGCCUCUGUAAAGAAGAGAAAUAUUUUAU